CGCACGGAGUCAGCUGACCAGGGGUAAACAAAUAUGGCGGGCCACAGUAACGUCAACAAACUGGUCUUGGUGAAGAAGCUGCCUGACAUUGUCGCUCAUGUCCAGCAUGUCCUCAGAACAGACUUAGAAGUUAACAAUAAAGGCUUCUCUAUCCUGCUGGAUGACGGGAGGUUAAUAAUAACAGUGUGGGUGAACAAGAAGGUCACCUCCAAGGUUCUCCCGGACGUGUCAGGUGCAUGCUGGCAACGUGGAUGUGAGAGUGAAGUAAUUAUUACCUGCCAAAAUGGAAGCCUGAUCCGGUAUUCUGUGCACUUUGAUACCGGUCUAUCCUGCUCACUUCAGUUAUCUGCUCCAUCUCUUCUCUCCCUCAUCAGGGAGAAAGACUCAAGCAUACGCUCAAUUCGUAGCCCAAGAGUAUGGGGCCACACAGAGUACUUCAUUCUACUACAGCCUCAAAGUGAUCGUCUAGUGCUUCUUGCCACCAAUGCUGGAGGCCGCCCCUCAACACAAGGGGUUCUUCGCACUCCACCUCUUCGUACAGCACAUCUCUACAAAAAUAUGAUCUUGGCACAGCCUAUAACUGGGACUGAUUUAUAUGAGUAUGAUACAAAGACCUGCAAGCUUAUAGAAGUUGUCAGUCUUGGCUUACAAAGGACAGGAUCAGAGAUGAGAGAAUGGAGUUCCCUUUCCUGUUCCUCAACUGGAGACACUGUUGCAAUGGCAGACUCUGAAAGACGUCUUUACGUAACAAAUUUUAGGCAUCGAACAUUUCUUGGAAGAAAAGGUGGAGUGAACAGGAGCAGAGUGACUCUUCACCAGGUUAUAUGGCCCACAAGUCUUCAGCCAUCAAGAAUUGUGGAGCUUACCAUAGGAUUGUCCGAUACUAUCCUCACUGUCUUCUGUCGAACUGAUGAUGGAGACACAGAGACACAACACUACCUCAGUUUUGAUGUGAGUUCAAGUAGCAUCAGUUGCCACCACAAAUUUGCUGAGCAGACUACAAUCAUUCCUGGCAUAAUUCAUAACCUGCCUGACCUUUUUCUUGUUCCUGAUGGUGUUGCAAUGUUAAUGGAUGAGGAGGCAUCAAUUAGUAGCCUGGAUUCAGAGUUUGACAUUGGUGAGUUGCUGGGAGCCAUGUGUGAAGGUCUUGAUGAGCAGAAUAUGGCUAAAAUAUCAGAAGUUAAAGUGAUGGUGGAGCAAGGUUUGAGUGUGUUCCUGGCAUCAUGUAACCACCAAGAGGGUUGGGUCGGGCUGGCAGAGACAAACGCAAAGCAGUAUGGUCAGCUCGCAGAUUUACUUCUUGGCUAUAUUCCCCGUUAUGCUCAGCAAGAAGAGUCAUAUGCCACUGCACUGUCUCUUAAAUAUCUUGCCAAGCAUCACUUUACAAAUGUACUAGAAGAGAUGAGUAAUGUUCUCCAGUACAUCGACUGUGACAGCAUAUCUCAAAUGGUAUUACAGAUGACAGAACAGGUGUCAUUUUACCUACACAGUGUAGAGCAGGUGCAGUUGCCACAAGCAGGAAUCAACAGUGAUGAACUUGUUCAACAACAUGCAAACUGGGGUGAUAAACCACUGAAGGAAAUUAUAGAAGAUGCCUUGACCCGUGGGUGUGUGAAGUCUGCAGAAGGUUAUCUUCAGCUGAAACCCUGGGUGUAUGGCACAGUGUCCACAACUUGUGUUAUUGCCACUUGCAUCGCUAUUGCAAGAGAGAAAACAUCUGAAGAUGCUCGACUCAAAUUUAUGUUAAAUAUUGAUAGUGGCUACAAUGAAGUAUUGAGACAGAUGCUGAACUCGAGUGAUGAUCAGUUUGAGGUGUUGUUUCUAGGAAGAGUGCUAGACAUUAGAGGCCUACUGAGUGAUGUUGAAACCCUGGCAGUCAAGCUGGUGGUGACCAUACAUAAAACACUGCCAGAUCUUCUUACACUUCCCCCUCAGAGGUGGACAGAACUGGUGGCUAUGGGUGAUGCUUCUUCAGUCGUGUCGGCUCCAGUGACAGUGGGACAAGUGACGCAAUGGACACCACUGGCCAUAAUGCUGAUUCUCACUGAUCUUUAUGCUUAUACUGGAGGUCAGCUACUAUCCUUAUGUAGGCCUACUAGUGCUAGUACUGCAUGUAACAAUCUCAAUGUUAGGUUACCAAAAAGUCUGCAAGCAAGGUCUUCUGUUCCAGAAAAUAGAGCAUCUGAUAAAAAUGAGAAAUAUGAGAAUAUUUCAGAUUCAAAAUACUCAGGUCUCACUAUGCUGAGUGGACCACUGUAUGCCAGUGAUGUGGAGUCUUCUGUUAAAUCUCAUGAUUCAAUUGAGUCUUCAUCUUUAGGCGCUGGUGAUGAAGAUUCCUGGAGUGUGCAGAGCUUUGAGGCUCAUGAUCGCAGGGAUACGGUAUGGUCAACACAACUUUUUAAACCUAUAACACAAACUAUGAUAGAUCUGGUUGCAGAUGCCAAAGAGCCAUUUGUGGAAUUGGUGCUGAAUGUUUUAGCCAGAUGUAGAGUCUUCAUGACCAGUGAAAAAAAUAGAGCUGAGCUACUCUUGAAAAGGCUGCUUGUGUCUGGAGCUCUAGAAAUGGUAGCCGAUUUCAUGGGUAAUCAUUCCUGCCAGAUCUCAGACAGUGACAUACAUACAGUACUCAUGGAGUUCUUUGGUGCCCAUGAUCUUCUGUUACCAGCUUAUGAUCAUGUUAAAGACUUCUCCUUAGAUGCCUCUGAUGGCAAGGCUAUGGAAAAACUAAGGCUGCCCUCUUGGGCAAGUACUAUUGUUCCCUUUAUGAAGCUUCUCAAGACAAAAUCUAAGGAAGUUAUUUAUGAUCUAUGUUUAAAAAAUCUUGCAUCCUUGAGUGACAAUUGUAAAAAUCCUCAGGAGCUUCAGUUUCCAGCUUUUCUCACCAUGCUGUUUGCUCCUACACAAAAAUUACAAGAUUUUAUUAAUUUUGAUAUAAACAGUGAACCUAAUGUUGAAGCAAAUGAGAUACAUUCAUUUUGCAUGAUCCUUGAUAAGCAUAAUCUAACACCAAAGCAAGUAGCCAAGGGUGUUGUACAGAAUUUCCCUUAUCUUCAGAAGAUGUUUGCAGAGCCACAAAGUGGUACAUCAAUAGACGUUACCAUGUAUGACCUCCUCUCGGGUACUGUUUCCUUUGACCUCAGCAGAAUGUUUGCAUUUCAAAAACAUAACAGGUAUGGUUAUGAUGUGAAUGCUGAAAUUGUUAGCUUUACCAAUGAAGAGUUGGUGAAGAAACAUGGUAUUCUGCAUUCUUUGGAAUACUUGUACUACCUAAGAGAAUGUCGACCCACCUACGCAUGUGCAGCAAUUCUUGCAAGUGUUUGUGUCAACAGAAACAAAAAAAGGAUUGACGAAGUGAAGAAUAAAGUGUAUGGAUUUGCUCUCAGUAGCUGGCCUAACCGUGCUGUGUGUUGUGCGUGCAUUUCUGUACUCCUCAUGACUAACCUUGAGGCCGACCCUCUCCGGAUAGUCUUAACGGCUGCAUUCUUCAUCUACGAUGUACGAAUUGCUUGGUGUGUAAAGCUAACAUCAGAGAAGCGAAAGGGACACGAGACACUCAUUGAAAUGGAAAUCAGAAGUAUUCUUCAGCAAGUUUGCAUAAUAGAAACUAGAUCUGAGGCUGCAGCAGCUUUAUUGGAAAUGCUUGAAAAUUGUGUAAUUUUGUCUGUUACAAAUAAUGUAGUAAAUAUACGUGGAACAGUUGGCCCAGGGGAACUAUUUGAGUUGUCACUUCCACUGAACACAGUCGUGGAUAUGAUGGGCAACAUUUUCUCACAGGAAAUUCCCCAGAAACACAUGCAUAUUUUAAUGGAAGGUAUGAGAUUGUGCGUUGAACUGUGUUUGCUCUAUGGCCUCCCAUGGCCAGUAAAGCUUCUGACCAAAUUGGUAGAGUCAAACCAGUGGUUGCUCUUCCUUGUCAUAGUACAGGUAUUUAAUUGCCCAAAGAAUGAAGUGUUAAAAGUGGCAGAGUCUUUCCAAAGUACAGCAUUAAAAGAACACAUGAUGUUUGCCCUUACUCAUAUGUACUACUAUCGUGAAUCCCAUCAAUCAAGAGACAGAACAAAAGCAGAACAUAGUAAAAGAUCAACCUUGUAUUCAAAAAUUGGAAUUCACAGUAGAGAGGGUUCACAGUCUCCAGUGCAGAGUGGUGAUGAAAAGCAAUGUAGCUCUAGUCCAAGUGAUGGUGAAAUGUCCAUUAUUGAUGAUGCUCUAUCGUGUACUACAGCAGAAACCUCUUUUGAUGUAGGAGUUGAUGCCUGGUUAUCAUAUAUGCCUAAAGAUCUGUAUUCUAUAUUAUUAACGUGUCAUCAGAGGGAAAAUCCUGCAAAUGAGUUAGUGACAGCGGCGGUAGCAUUAAGCACUCCAGUAUUAGCUGUAUUUUCUGCUUGUUAUGAGAAGCACAACCCAUCUCUCUGCCUGUCUGUGUGGCUAUACACACAGCUCUCACAGAGUGCCCAACACACUUUGCACCACCAACUAGCAGCAACUCAAGUUCACCAAGCAGCCAACAUUGAAAAUAUAGAGAAUAAGAGAGUUUAUCCUCCAAGGAGAAAUUGCUGCCGAGCUUGUGAUGUCUGCGUGUUGCAGUGUAGACUUGAAGAACAAAAAUGGUUUCUUCUGUCUCAUGUUUCAGAAGGAUCGCUUGAUGUUCCCAUUGAAGGUCUUAAGGUAUUUGAUCCACAUUCACCCCUUCUUCCUCUUCUUACAGCUAUCAAAGAAGUGAAGGAAAUGUGUAAUAAAGAAAAAAUAGCUGAAUUGCUCUCUGCCUCUGCUUCUGCUGUAAAUGAUUCACAGAUAGCACAAGAUAUAUCAAGUGUCAAGAGAGAGUGGAUCAUGGCGACAACUCUUGAUGUUAUUGGUACGGCACUUGAUACCUUCAUUGUGAAUAGCCAUUUGCAAUAUCAACUACUUUCUGUUCUCACGACUGUCAGUCAACUGCCUCCAUUUUGCAGCCAUUCUGUAAACUGGAGUUUGGUAAGCCAGAUCUGCAAAAUAUUAGGAGUAGUUAAGCAUCAAGUAAUUUUCAAAGAACUACUUUGGAGUUUUGAAACUGGAGAAGUAAAUGAAAUAACCGAGAGGAUAGUGACAAGUUUAUGCCAUGAAAGGUGCUUUACCGAAGCCCUUCACAUGUGUCAGUUAACGGGUCUUCCUGUAUUUACUAUUGUUUGUGCGCAGCUAAGAGCAGAGUUUGACAAGAAUACAUCAAAUAUCAUCAAAGAUUUUUUGUCAUUUAAAGAAUUUAUGUGCAGAAGCCAAAAUAAACUACACCAAGAAUCUGUGCCUCCAAAACAUGCAGCAGCAUUUUUUAUAGCCAUAAGUAAAGAGCUUCCAUCAGCUACCAUAAAGUAUCUCUGCCUGCAGCAUGCCUUGAUGUGGUCUUACAAAACCCAUGAAAAUACUGCUUUCAACCGCCUUAAAUCAUUUGAUAACAGCACGAAUAUAUCUUGGGAAUUACAGACUGCAGAAUCUUCAAUUGCAGUUUUAUCAAAGCUUGAAUAUGAAAUGUGGCAAGCAUGUGUUAAAGCUUUUCAUUGCAAAGAGGAAGGAUUUUGUAGCCUUACAAUUACACCACCAAGUUCUCUGGGCAACUGGCCAUGGGAAGGGGAAGAUGGGACAAGUCCACUGGACUUGGGUCUUAUAAUGAAGUCAGCUGGUCUUGCACAUCCUUUUUUAACAAAAUCUCAUGUUGAAAUAUACAGUUUAUCUUCAAAUCAUAAUAUAGAGGAUAAAGAAACAAGCCACAAAGAUCAAUUUUUGAAUGAUGAAAUGAACCAAUUCGGUAACUUUGGCCAGAAUUUACAUACUGAAAGAAAGACUGAAGAGGUGGCUCACUCUGAGAUGGUGCAGUGUGAACCAUCUUUUUACACAGAACAAAACAAUGAGAUUCAGUGUGACCAGUUAAGUGUUGAACAAAAUAAAGAGAAAAUGCACACUAAACUAACUUCUCAUGAUGAAGAAGAAGAUGAAAGGAUGGUGGAUGAAAAAGCAAGUGGUAGUGAACUAGACACGGUGAAUAUAGAGUAUAAAGAAGCAUGUUUGAGGGGACCUCAGAAAGUGAUGAUGGGUCGAGAAGCAGCACACAUGGUAGAACCAAGCAAAGACAGAAUGGAACAUGAAGAGAAAAAGCAAGAAACUAGGCAAGAUGGUCAAAAGGAUCAAGCUAAAUGGCAAACCAUUCAGUUCUUGGUGAACCUUUGUGUAAACAAGGAGAUGCUUGUUACUGCGUGUCGGAUACUUAGGCUUCUAAAAGUAACCAACAAGAAUGUACAAUCGCUGUUGCUGUUGCUUGGAAUGGCUGACGGCAGCAAGGUGCUAAGAUUGGAAGGUGAGGAGGCUGUUAAAGGGGUGUUAAGCAGAACAUCAAUAGUUCAAAAUGCAACAACACAGGAGCACAAACGUAGAAGUACCAUUAGUAGGAGCUUCAAUACGAUAUCACUUGAGAAAGAACUUGGCGUGCAAACUUCAGCCAUGGUCAAAGUUGCCUCAGAACUGACAAUGGGCAAGAAAACUGCUGAGCGAAUUAUUAUUCUCUACAAAGUUGCAGCUUCUUUGGAUCUGUCGUAUCUUUAUCUUGUCCAUCAUUCUAAUCCUAUAACACUUGUAUCUAUGGUACUGCGUUUAAGACGAAGUGGGGUUGUCCAGCUGGCUCGUGAAUUAAUUCAUGCUUUUCCUGUGCCUCAAAGUGCUGUUUUGAAUUUUUUGUGUGAAGAAGCAGUGGCUACUAUUACUGCUGGGCCUGGUACGUCAGGGACAAUCAAGAGAGAUCGCCUGUUGCUUUGGGAUGAGCUGGAAGCACAGUGGCAAGAGCUGCUUACUCUGUGUGAUGAUCCUACACUCUUGGGUAAUCAGUUACUAGAGAUUGGUCAGCGGAUGGGCUCAUCGCACCCGGACCAAAUGGAGAAAGUACAUAGCAUGAGUGUUGAACUGGUGAUCCGAGCUCAUGACUGUUAUACUGGAGCGUCCAACAUGGAGGGAAUCGGUACAGUGUUAAGGACAGCAUUGUCUCUCACCACCUCACUCAUACAACACUCACAGUGGUCACUUAUGGUGCGCCUUCUGAUAGGGGUGGGACGAUAUAUUGAGAUGUCGUAUAUCAUUGAUGCUCUCAGAGAAAAUGAUCAAUUUGAGCAUUUACUGGGUCGUGAUUCUGACCCUAGAGGAAAGGAAACAGGAUUGGACCGAGCCCUUGUGCAUUACCUGCAUUCCAGACACCCUCUAGAUAAAGAUACACUCAAGCUUGUUGCACUUCAUUUCCUUCUUUAUUCUGAGGUUGCUGAAAUGUGGGUUGAAGAUGCUGAGAAAGCUGUAGAGCAAGUAUUGGAGGCCACUGUUGAUUUAGGGGUCUCAUGCACUGCCGCCAUCACUCUUAGGUCUGGUCCUGCUAAGGUUUAUGUACAGGAAGAAACAUCAAGAAAACACUCUUUAGUUAAAGGAACUCAAAGCUCAGUUGCUGGUUUCCAAGGUACUGAUGAGUUUGAGCCAGAGUAUUUGUAUAAUGCAAACACAGAGCUGCUUACCCAGGCAAUGCAUAGCUAUGCACAUGCUGCUCAAUAUUAUAUGCAGGACCAACAACUGGCUACAGCUGUCGAGUACAGUCGUCAAGCUGAGCUUGUGGCCUUACAGAUUGCAUAUGCUAGAAGAAGCACUUCAAGUUCCUCUCUGAGGCUCCUCAGGCUGACUCCUGUAGCAGUCAAAUAUAUCACUACAAACCUUUUAAGGGUGACUGAAGCUCAGCUGGUGGGACGUGCCUAUAGCUCCCCUGUGGAUUGGAGUGUAGCGCUCUACCAGCAAUAUGUCAAUAAUGGUGAUGAAUCUUACCUUACUGAAUAUCUGGCCACAUUUAAGCUCUCCCCUGAAGUUAUGCUUGAUGUGGUGAAGAAAUUGGAGCACGAUGGCAUCACUAAAGACCGUCGGGCAAGAGUUGCCUCCAUGCUGUCCCACGUUGAAGAAUCUGAUAUAGUUUAUCGAGUAGCUAGUCAACUGGGUCUUAAGGACACGAUAGAUAAGUGCUUGGCCUCGGCAUGUGCACCAUACCUUAAAGAUAAUAUCUUUGUUAAGGGAUGUACUUCAGGUGAUUGAAAAGAAUAGUAAACAAGCCCCUUACAAUAUGGGGAAAUACAAUUAGAGCAAUACACUGUGUGUGUUGGAUAAUACAGUACUAGAAUGAUUUAUCUGCUUCACACACAUGCCUUUCAUAAUGGUACAAUAAAUUUGUCAUGUCUUACAUUGCUUUGUUAUAAGUAAUGAAGAAGUACUGUACAUAGUACUUCAUGAUAAUGUACCUAUUAACCAAAAUAGGUAAUGAAUAUGAAAACAAAAAAUAUAUAGCAACCUUUCCAAAGAUUAUUUUAUCUGAUUAAAACAGACCUCGUAGGCAGGUAUGCAGCUUCCUUUUGAACUUUUCAUCAUAUAGUACUAUAAGGUAUUUAGAAUUUGCUAGUUUUUCCUGUAAGGGUAGUCAAUAUUCUUCUAGCAUCCAUAAGCAUUAGGAUUAUAGUGCCUUAUUAAAGCCUAUUGUAAUGAGGGUGUGAAACAAUAAUAAUUGGAAAUGUGGCUUUAUAUUCUUGGAAAUGAAUUAUUCAAAGAAUG